AUGCAGCUUCUUAUCAGAUGUAACGGGAGGAUUUUCCUGGCUAUUUGUUUAAUCCUCUUUGUGGGAUACACAGCACAAGGUGCUCCGAUGCAGAAGGCAAGGUACAAGAGAGUGAGGUGCCGACCCGACACCUGGUCCGCUAACUGCAUUGAAGAGAAGGGGCCCCGGUUUUAUAUGCCCACUGGUGGAGCCAACAGGAUCCUCCCUCCCAUGGCAGACCCGUCACUGAUAAAGAGAUACCAGGAGCUGAGUGACAUAUUCCCGCUCUCGGAUGAGGAGUCCGGCUCUGGGUCCGAUGUUGUGGUGGAAAUGGAGCCAGCAUCCGGGUCAGGGCUCGGCGACGGCGACGGCUUCUCCGAGGCAAAGCUGCCUGUCUUCCUAGCGGGCCCACGAGGCGGCAAGCUGAAGCAGAAGCUAACGGAGGAGGAUUUUCUCCUGUAG